CCAAAACGUCUGCGAGCAGAGGGCCGACACCCACCCCCCUGGGAGGAGCUGUCUCUCUCCAAUCCCACGACUUUCCUCUACCCCGGACUGGCUUUUUCCAGAAAGAAACAGGUAGAGACGUGAACGUUCGCGUUGACUGUAAAAUUCCAAGCUGGCUCCUCGAGGUGCAGAGAGCGGAGGGUGUGGCUGCCUUGGCCUCGGCCAGGAGGUGAGUGCACCAGGCCUGCUCCGCGGGCCGAGGUGGGGUUUCUGCCCAGGCCGGACCCACGGGGCCUGGCCGGGCUCUGGGCACGGAGGGGCCUGGUAGGAGGCCAGGAGGCCAUUUGCCACCCCCAGGGGCGAGCCCACCCUGCCCCGGGCCAGGGGACCUGCGCUUGCCCAUGGGGAGAUGUAGAGGCAGUGCAGGUGCAGGAGCCCAUGGGCUUCCCCGGCGUCCAGCCCUGGCCAGUGGGAAGGUCCAGUUCCACUCGAGGAGGCCCAAGGCCCCUCUGACCUCUCGGGGGAGGGGCCUUGGCUUCCCUGGUGCAGCCCAGCUGUUCUCCUUCAUCUCAGACUUCCUCUCCGCCUGUCCAGGCGGGCCCCGAGGGGCCAGUGCAGAGCAGACAGUGCCUGCGGCUCAGGUCCACGGAGAGGCCCCGACAUCCUAGGAAAGGGGCUGCCUUCACCCUGCAGGUGGUGGACCCGCCACCCAGAGAGGGGGUGCAAACACGUGAGCUGGAAGCCGGGGUUCACUGCCACCCGGGCUGUGUGUGUGUGUCUGCGUGUGUGUGCCUGCAUGCGUGUCUGCCUGUGUGUGCAUGUGCGCGUGUCUGUGGACACAUUCCCAGGGCCCCCCCACAGGUGCACAUGCGUGUGCGCAGGUGUAAGUCCAGGGGCCGCGGCCAUGUUCGCACCCUCACCCCGAGAGCUAGAAGCAGCGAGUCUACACCGUCUCCACCCUCCUGGCCCCGGGGAGUGUCUGCUGCUGCAGCUCCGCAGGAGGGAAGGUUUGGGCUGAUCCAGGGCGUGAAGGACAGAGGCGCCCAAGUACCAGCUGAGCUUUCAACACCGUCAGGGACCAGCGUCUGUGCUGCGAACACGGGCUCCGUGGACACAGCCUGGAGGACCGACCGCAGUCAGGCGUGUAGAUGGGCAAACUGCUACAUCUUCAGGUGCCAGAUAUUCCCACCCUCUGUUCCAAGCACGCCCUGGGGUUGGGAUCCCCGUCCUAGAGAAGGACUGGGCGCCUGCUGGGGAAGGGCCCGCAGAACAUUGCAAACUCACAGCACAACCAGCAGUCACACGGACAACACCCACCCCGCCUACAUGGUCACACGGACAACACCCACCCCGUCGACACGGUCACACGGACAGCACCCACCCCGUCGACACGGUCACACGGACAGCACCCACCCCGCCGACACGGUCACACGGACAGCACCCACCCCGUCGACGUGGUCACAUGGACAGCACCCAUCCCGUCUACGUGGUCACAUGGACAACACCCCACCCCGUCUACACAGUCACCCGGGACACACCUGGUCUACAGACCCCUGCAGCCAGCCUACCAGUCUCUGGCAGAGGCCCUGUGGGGUGUUUGCUGGACGGGCAGUCAGGGCACACUUGGGGCGGACCGGUGUGCUCGUGGCCGGAGACGACCGGCUCCCCUGGGUGGGUGUGGACGCGGGGCCUUGCCGGCUGCCUGGGCAGAGACUUGAGCUUGCGCUCCUCCGUCGGGCUUGUUCAGGGGACAGCGGGGCCGGGGUCCUCCCUGACCCCCCAUUCUUGUGUGACUGCCAGCUUCCUGGGCUCCCUCUGCCUUCGGGAACACGCGUCCACCCCACCCCCAUCCUCAGACCCCGGCCCGUCCACCCACGUGCUGGCCUGCAGAGCCUGAGGCAGCCCCCACCUGCCAACCGGGACGGACACAUCUGCGCCCUCAGGGUCCCCUACCUCCAGGACAGGGUCCAGUGGAGGCUCCUUGCAGUCGACCAGGAGAAGGAAGACAACGGCUCCAGGAAGGAGAAGGGGCGAGGACAGGAGGGCACGGGGACUGGGCACACAGCUUGAAGGAGGCUGUGUCCCUGUGGCUCGGUCCUUGUGGGGAGGGGCGGCCGCCAGGCCCUCCCUGGCAGUUCAAUGGCGAGAGGUCCCCUGCACAGCGGGAGCCGCUCCUGGGCAGCUGUUGUUUAAUCGUUUCAAAACGUGUCACCGAGAGUCAAAGACGUGGGCUGGGCGCCCCAGUCCCCUCCCGAGGGUCUGGGCAUCGCGACUCAGAGGAGGGUCCCGCAGACCCUGCGUCAGGGGAGGGCCGCCACCUCCAGGCCUGCCUCAGGCAACAGUUCCUGGGAAAACCACAGGCUGUGGAACUAGACGGCUCUGUUUAGCUAACACCCUUCUCAUUCGCGAAACCCCGACUUGUUAAGGGCCUGGGAUGCCCUGGGAACGGAGACGGUGUCCUGGCUCUGGGGGAAGAAGAGGCUCCUGGGGUGGCUUGGGUCCCGCCUGUCAGGCCAGUGAUGCACAGACGCACGGGCGUGAGACGUGAACUCCGGGUGCGCCCUUCCUGAGACCCGGCUGGGCGCUGGGGGGAGGGGAGAGCAGGGCGGUGGCCAGCCCACCUUGUAGGCCUGCGAGGCGACAGGGCCCACCAGCCUGGGGGUGACGGGAUGAAGGGGGACACAGAGUGGUGGCUCCGCGCCCCCCCCCGGCCUCCACAGCGGGCGAGGGCACCCCCGGGAGGACCGGGCAGAGGGUCCGAGACCCCAGCCCCAGGCCCUGUCCCCGGCUCCGCGCCUCCCCCGAGGAGCUGCGUGUGUGACACAGGCUGAGCGGGGCC